AUGUCGUCAAAGAGAUACUCUCUAAAAGUUGAGGGCAAUGCGUCGGGAUCGCACAUGAGAUUUACCGUCGUGCCGCGGAACUACAAGCGAACGUGUGGAUUAAAUUUGCUGUUCUACAUUGUUGCAAAUGCUGGAAUUUUUGGUUUCAUUGAACAGACGACCUCGUGGUCACUACAGAACAUACGUACCGCUGAGACGCUGGUCGCUCUAUCGAUGCUUGCGCUGAUUCGUAAUCCCCCAAUCGAGUCCCUGUCGGUAUUCAGAAGUGUGGGCAUCCAAAUAUCGGAGGUGCGGGGGUGCGUUUUACUUCCCACGUUCAUCAAUGAAAAGCUACUCGAGCAACGUAAAUUCAUUCCAAAAGAUAAAAUAGGCGACAUUAUAAUCAAUGAAGGCUUCCAAAAAGGUUUCAAAGUGAUAUUCUACCUCGCAAUCAUUUUGAAGGACGCAUCCCGCCUUCAACUAGUGUUUCCCGUAUGUUACCGAUUUUAA